AUGCUCGACGGUCUCAGCCGUCUCGAAGACCUCGUUCUACGCACCAAAGAACUCGGCAUGGACAGCCUCGCCAUCACCGACCACGGCGGCAUGUACGGCGCGAUCGACUUCUAUCAGAUUGCCAAUAAGCAUGGCGUCAAGCCCAUCAUCGGCUGCGAGAUGUACGUCGCCCCGGACAGCCGCCACGAGCGCAGCUCCAACAACAAGUCGCCCUACCACAUGACCGUGCUCUCCCACAACGAGCGCGGAUACGACAACCUUGUCAAGCUCGUCUCCAAGGCAAACCUCGAGGCUUCUACUACAAGCCGCGCAUCGACCGCGAGAUUCUUGAGCAGCACAGCGAAGGACUGA